GACACUUUCUCCAUAAGUCCAAAGCCACAACCCCAAACUUUGUAAUCGAAAUCCCAGUCUUGUCAAAAUUUGAUCAGGGAAAAGCUAGAAAUGGCGGGAGAGAGUCAGACGUGUAUAUUCUGUCAGAUCGUGAACGAUCCCAACUCCGCUACUCGUCUCCUUCACACCGAUGAGAAAGUCGUGGCGUUUCAAGACAUCAAGCCCGCCGCCCGGAGGCACUACCUGGUCAUUCCAAACGAACACAUUCCCACUGUGAGAGACCUCCAGAGAAGUGAUGAAGACUACUCUUUGGUUAAACACAUGCUACGUGUGGGACAAGAACUGCUACAGAAAGACGCUCCUCAAACCAUUCACAGAUUUGGUUUUCACCCGCCGCCUUUUAACAGUGUCGAUCAUCUCCAUCUCCAUUGUUUUGCAUUGCCUUAUAUGCCCAGAUGGAAAGUCGUCAAGUACAAGUCUUUGGGACCUUUCGGUGGGUUUAUUGAAGCAGAGAAACUUCUGGAGAAGUUAAGGCCUCUUCCUUCAAACGUGUAACUAAAACCAACCUAUCUAACUUCAUUUCGGUGCUAAAAUUGGUGCUGUAACUCUUUUCUAUUCUUUUUUUUUUUGCUGGCAUGUCUGUUAUGAAAUGCCACAUAUCAUUGUUGGUUUUGAAUGUAAGAAGGACGUGUCUUGUAGUUUUAUGUAAUUUAUGUCGCUUGCCAAUAGUUGUAGGCAGUGACGCCAUUCUCACUUUUUUGACAUAAUUGAUGGGUGUGAA